AUGCUAUUAAUUUCUUCACAUUUUCUUAAAACAUUUAGUUCUGUGUCAGCGAAAGAUGAAGACAUUGAAUAUUACGAAGACCCAAGUGGUGAGGAUGUGACCACAAAUCAACCUAUAGUGGUAACCUCGGAGUCGGGCAGAGGAUCCGGUCUCAGUGUUAUUUUGAACGUAGAACCUGAUGAUUAUCCAAAUUGGUCCCGAGUACCGUACUACGGAGCGAGGAUUUUGAUCAGCGAUCCGAACGAUUAUCCAGAGACUACAGUUUCGUAUAGAUUUAUAAGUCUAGGAGAGUCCUUAGACAUGAAAGUACAGCCGUUAGUAUUUCAAUGUGAGGAUGAUAUACGCAACGUGUCUCCGGAGAAGCGCGCCUGCUGGUUUCACGAUGAAGUCCUGCUGCAAUACACUGAUAGAUACAGCUACGAAACAUGUUUAACUGAAUGUAAAAUAAAAACUUUUCUAAAAUAUUGUGGAUGCGUUCCUUAUAAGUAUCCAAUAAGUGAGUCAACGCCAAUUUGCGAGUUUCAAAAUUUGGGAUGCCUAAACAAUGUAACAAGUUACGUAUCGGAGGAGGAUAGAGCCUGCGACCCGGUGUGCUACAUGGAGUGUUGGGACAAGAGAUACAGUGUUACGAGCGAUUUAACUCCUUUCCUUCCGGACAUGUUUCCUGCAAAUGUAAUAGGAGAGCAUAACGUCAGUGAGCUGUCCGCUCUAAAAGUUUACUACGCCAAGUCUACAUGCAACAGUUACAAGUUGAUGCUUUUAAUGGAUUUCAGUUACUUUAUCGUGACGUAUGGAGGACUAUUUUCUUUGUGUUUCGGCGUCUCACUUCUUACAAUAUACGAGUUGGUAUAUUUGUUAUUGAGUGAUAACCCACAGAUAGAUGCAGACGUGCGUAUGACGCGGUCGGGCAAUUCGUUCCGGAGUCGUGCAUUAACAAGUCUGGUCGUGGGGAAUAAAUCACGCGGGGACGGAUCACGUCGCACCUAG